AGUUGGCAUACAGAGGUGGGGGCUGGAGAGUGGGCAGCAGCAGGCUGGCUCUGCCUCAGGGCUGGGUUAGGUGGAGCUGCACGAGCGACCCUGGCUUCCCCUGCCCAGCCCCUUCUGUGCGCGGGGGCCGCUCAGACGCGCGCGCGCCCAACGGCCGCUGCAGUUGGUUCCGGCACCGCCCCGCAGCAGCAGCAGCAGCCGCCGCCCGGUCCCGCGCCCCCGCGCGCCAUGGUGGAGGUGAACACCGGCUACCCCCGCUCCCUGCCGGGGGCGCUGAAAAUCGCCCGCCUGGUUGUUGCAUUUGUAACAUUCGUCUGUUUUGCUGCCUCGAAAUCCCAUGAAGCCUUUAUAGCACUGGCAGUCAUGGAGUUUGUCAUCACUGUGUUAUUCUUUCUGCUCUACUUGCUCAAACUAGAUAAAAAGAUGAAAUUCUUCUUUUGGCCUUUAGCUGAUAUUUUCAACUCACUGAUUGCAGUUUUGUUCUUUAUCAUUGUGUGCCUGUGUGCAAUAAUAAUCAAGACCACGACUGGGACUCUGGUUGGAGGAGUCUUUGGUCUUCUGUUGGUUGUUCUUUGUAUUGCAGAUUCUGUUCUUCUUUUCAAGAAGAUUACAUUUAAUAAGCCAAGAGGAAGGAAUGUUAUUACCAGAUAAGAAUGACCAAUUUACCAAGAGACUGAUUUAUUCUCCACUUUAAAUGCCUAUUGAUUAAUAGGAUACUUGUUUCUUUAUUAGCCUAUGUAUUUUUCUUAAAGGGUUUAACAUGUUCGUCUUAGAAUGACAAUAUUUUCCUGUGUGUGUUUUUUAAUUAGUUUACUUUUUCACACUAACUUUCUUUAAAUUCCCAUGGAUUUUUCUAGACUACAUUUUACCAGUGUUAACUUUAAAUAUUGUUCUAUGUGUUUUGGUAAACUUGAUACAUUUUCACUUGUUAAAAAAAUCUAAUUUUCUACAGAAGUGUUUAUAUAAUAAAAUUGAA